AUGGCAUCGGAGAGCUCAAGGUCGUCUCGGACCAGGGGAUCUGCGCAGAAGAGGGGGAUUCUUUGUGGGCAUGGAGAGAGACCAGUGUUGCGAGUUUCGGGAACCAAAGAAAACUCAUGUCGCCGAUUCUGGAGCUGCGUCUACUAUGAGGUUAAAGAUGAGUGUCAGUUUUUCUGUUGGGUAGACCCAGAAGCUGAAAGUAAAGAUCCGUAUGUUGCAAGGUUGAAAAGGAAAGUUGUAGCCCUGAAGGCAGACAUGAAGGCAUCUGAGUGGAAGUUAAAGGUUGCUGCAAUGUUGGGCAUGGUUGACUGGGAUGGUUGUUUAUUUUGCUGGCUGUAG